GUUGCAUUUAAACGCAUUUAUUUAGUAAAAAAAACGUAGUAGUAACGUAAAAAAGGAUGAUGGAUGGCUUCCAUGGCUCCCGGCCUCCCGCCGUCCGCCACGUCUCUCGCUUGAUGCGCAUUAGUCGGUGAAUCCUCCAUUUUCCCGCAGACAGUGUUGACCAGCGGGAGAGAAACAAUGAAGGGAGGGAAGGAAGAAAACAAAGCAAUUCCCUUUCCAGGCUUUCCUUCCAAGAUUCACCCUCGCCGGCAGCGCAAAGAUGAGCGUGAUCGACAUUCUCUUCCGAGUCGACGAGAUUUGCAAGAAGUACGAGAAGUACGAUGUCGAGAAGCAGCGUUCCACAAACGCAUCCCCAGAUGAUGCCUUCGCUCGCCUCUACACGUCUUUCGAUUCCCAAAUUGACCUCGCUCUCCAAAAAGCGGAGAUGGCGGCUAGGGAGACAAACAGGGCCGCUGCUGUGGCCAUGAAGGCUGAGGUACGGCGACUGAAGGCCCGAUUGCUGGAAGAAGUCCCAAAGUUGCAGAAACUUGCUCUUAAAAAGGUUAAAGGCAUCUCACAAGAAGAAUUAGCUAUACGUAAUGACAUUGUACUUGCACUACCUGAAAGGAUCCAAGCAAUACCUGAUGGAACUAAUGAUACAAGUGCAGCCAAGUCUAGGGUUCGGGGGGGUUUAUCGUCUUCUAAAAUCAUAACAAUCGAUUCGGAUGGGCCUGUUAGGAGUGUUAGCGAUAGUUUCUUUCAGCAGUCUGAAGAAUCCAGCCAGUUCAGGAAUGAGUAUGAGAUGAGGAAAAUCAAACAGGCUUGUAACUUCCCUCAUCUUAUUCCUCUGCAACAUAUGUUUUUGAAUACUUCGAUUUUGUAAUAUGAGAUUAUUUCAGCAUCAUAAAGCGACUAGUCAGACUACAUAUAUCUGAAUGAACUCUUGCAGGACCAAGGGUUGGAUAUUAUUUCAGAAGGUUUGGACACUCUUAAGAAUUUGGCUCAUGAUAUGAAUGAGGAAUUGGAUAGACAAGUUCCACUGGUUGAUGAAAUUGAAACCAAGGUGGACAAAGCAACAUAUGACUUAAAGAACACUAAUGUUAGACUCAAGGAGACUAUUACUAAGGUCCGGUCCACCCAAAAUUUCUGUAUUGAUAUCAUUCUUCUAUUUGUCAUUUUGGGGAUUGCAUCCUAUUUGUACAAUAUAUUACAAUGAUGCACAUCGAGCUUCAUGUUACCUUGUUUGGUCUAUCAUGGAUGUUCAAGAUAAAACAUUUAUGGAGAAUCAAUUGCGACCCAAUAUUGCUACUUUGAAGAUACAUUGUUAUAUUGAAAGUUGUCCAAAGCCCUCCAACAAAACAAGCGCUGGGGAAGAGCUUUUGGUGCACUAAACAAAACUGGCUCCAAGAUCCUCUUGUACUUUGUGUGGAGCAAUAUCUUAGGAUACGAGAUAUUAUGCAAGUGAGAUGUUCUCCAUCAUUAAAAUUUAAUAAACAUCAGCAAAUUGUUACUUCUUACUUGUAUAUAUAAUAUAACAAGUUGAAAAUAGCACAUGGGAAAUUUCUAAUUUAACAAAUUACAGGCAUCAGUGUUAUGCGUGUGUACUUGAAAAGUAUGCCUCAUCUCUGGAGACCUUCAAGAAUCCGGGAUUUAGCUCAAG